AUGCCUAUUCGGGUAGGAAUUGCUCUCUACCUCGUCGAAGGAAGUGCCUAUUACAAUACCCCUUCCUAUUUCCACUGGAUAUUGGUGGCGUCAACCGCAGAUUCCUGGGCUUCCCAACCUGUACGUACAAUCGAACUGAAGAGGCCAUUGGGCGAUACAGGUUACGCUCACUCCUUCGAUAAAUGCGAUAUCACUCUUUUCAGUGCGGUUCAAGGUGUUGUGCAUCUCUUCACCACUUCCGACUACACUGUGGAUUCAUUUCAAGCUAUGAUUCAAUCCAACUUUCCCGCCUAUGAUUCUGGCUGGCGAUAUCCAGGGAAUUAUGGGCCUCAAGGAUGGACUUGUGCUACAUGGAUUUUGCAAAUCCUAUGGCAUCUGCGUGGAGAAGGGACUUGGGUUUCCAAUCGCCAGUUUGAGAAGACCUAUACGCGUGUUCUAAAUCUUGGCUCUGAACUGUUGGAAGCAACAGACAACGUCGAGUACCAGGGAACAGUUCGUGUAAUGAACUUUUGA